AUGGCACCGAAUUUCAAGUCCCGGUUAAACCUUCGCCAAGGUCUUGAUCGAGAUGUGUAUCAGAUUAUCAAGAAGAUGGAAGAGAACAAUGACGGCAAGCCGUUCAAGACCGUCAGCGCUGCGUACGAUGCCAUCAAACGAUCCAACUCGAGCCUUAGCAGGCAGAAGAAACGCCCACUCGAAGACUCGAUAGACCGAGUUCUACAGUUCCGUAAGGAGGAACUGGAGGAUUCAGAAGAUUCAGAAGCAGUCAUAGAGGAAAUGGAGUCGAUAAAAGUGGACGACGAUCGAUUCUUGCUGAAUCGCCAAUUGACAAAGCACUGGCACGUCGACUCUGCGCCCCAAGCCAUCAAUGAGCAGCCUGUGGCCAAGAAACGACGGAUCCAAGCCGACGGUGAAGACAAAGACGGCGCAACAAGCGGUGUUGAUACCGGUACCGAGGCAGCCAUCAACGGCGACGCAGUGAAAGACGUAUCAAGAGCCGAAAAACAAGAGAAGACGAUACAAAAGAAGUCGCCCAAGUCUACCCGUUUCAAGGUCGAGCAAUUGGAAGAGCCACUGCCGCUGGGAGGUGUUGGCGAAAUGCAUCGCCACCUGCUUCGCCAAACAAGAUACCUACUCAAAUGUCCAGAGCUCUACGAAGGAAAUGGCUGGAGAAGAGUACCUGGAAUGCUCUUGUUCGGUCCCCCAGGAACAGGCAAAAGGUCACUUAUCCGUACUGUCGCGGCGAAUCUCGACGUGCCUAUAAUAACAUUGAAUGGCUGUCUUGAAGAUCCGGAGCGCGUGGAAAAGAGCUUGGCUGAGGGCUUUGAUACGGCCAUUGGCCUGGCCCCUAGUAUCGUCUUAAUAGAGGAUCUAGAUUGGCACAUUCCUAAGCCAGGAGGCACCAAUCACAACGAGCACGGUAGAAAGGUGCUCAACCAAAUCACACGACAGAUGCAAAGAGUUCAACAAGAACAAGCCAAUGUUCUUGCCAUGGCGACAACAUCAAGGUUAACCGAUGUUGAUCCCGUUGCGCUUGAAGCCGGUCUAUUCGAAAGAUCAAUCCAGAUGAGAGUGCCGGAUCAGGAGGCUCGGCAUGACAUCCUGAAAGUGGUAACACGAAACAAGAAACUAUCCGACAGCCUGGACCUUGCAGAGGUAGCAAAGAUGACUCAUGGUUUCGUCGGCGCGGACAUGGUCAUUGUCACAACCUUGGCGGAGCAGGCAGCUCAGGAGCGAAUUUUCAAUACGGAGGAUCCAGAGGGGCGGCAGCUGGAACUCCUUACCCAACCUCCCCGCAGGGACGAUAUGGAUGUGUCAGACACCAUUUCAUUAGAUCUGAGACAGCCCUCAUUUACAACGUUGCCGAUAGAGCCCUUGACUCUCGAAGAUUUCCGACUUGCCAUCAAGGGCUUCACACCCUCUCUCCGGAGAGAAGGCUUUACUGUGAUCCCAAGCGUCACCUGGGACCAGGUCGGCGCCUUGGAAAAAGUACGCGAGCAGCUACACAUGUCCAUCAUUGGUCCCAUCAAGAACCCGGAACUCUACCAGGAAUUUGGUCUCAGGCGUCCUGCUGGUGCGCUCCUCUGGGGCCCCCCUGGAUGUGGUAAAACACUCGUUGCGCAGGCCGUUGCCAACGAGGCACAAGCCUCCUUUAUCCUCAUCAACGGCCCCGAACUGUUGAACAAAUACGUCGGCGAGUCCGAGCGGGCCGUGCGAGAGCUCUUCCAGCGCGCUCGUUCCUCAACGCCCUGCAUUCUCUUCUUUGACGAAAUCGAUUCUCUCGUACCCCGUCGAGACAACGCAUCGACCGAUGCAGGCGUCCGAGUUGUCAACGCUCUACUCACAGAGCUUGACGGAGCCCAAGACCGCUCAGGGAUCUACGUCAUGGGCACAACCAACAGGCCCGACAUGAUCGACGCCGCAAUGCUCCGACCGGGCCGCCUCAGUGUCCGCCUCUUUGUCGAUCUCCCCACCCCUGAAGAGCGCGUAGACAUCCUCCGUGCCAUCUACAAGACUGCCCACGCCAGCGCCAGCGAUGCCGAGUUCGCCAGGCUCGCAGCCGUCGCCCUGGAUCCGCGCUGUAAGGACUUUAGCGGCGCAGAUCUCGGCGGCCUGCACAUCAAGGCGGCGGAGUGUGCGCUGAGGAAAUUCAUGCUGGGCAAGAAGUCGGCGCGGGAAAUUGACGAGGAGGACUGGGAGUAUGCGCUGGAGAAUACGCGGUGCAGCGUGCUGAACCCGGACUCGUAUAGGAAACUGGAUAAGAAGCUUGGAAAGGGGGAGUAA